AUGAAUCCCUACGUGUAUCCACCAGCACCAUUACAGCAACCUCAGCAGUACCAGUACCAAGUACAGUACACUCAACAACAACCGUAUUACUACGUUCAACAACCUUCUGCUCAAGCGCAAGUUUUUCAAGCGCCACAACAGUAUGCACAAUACGGAGCUGUCCCUAAUCAGACUCCUCAGACAGCUGCUUCAGUAGGUCAGUAUCCUGUACAGGGAUAUACUCAAGUCGCUGGCGCACAGCAGUUUGUGGCAGCUAAUGCUCCGGGUCAAAAUGUUUUCACCGCAACCGUUCAAGUCAGUCAAGGCCACGAUCAGGCGACAGCACAAAAAAACGCGCCGAUCGCGAGCGAGAAGAGACCACCGCCAUUACCGCCGGAGCAAAUUGAUUCCUCUUCCGCUGCUCCUCCUCCUUUACCACCUGAGCCAGCACCUAAUUCUCUAUCAAAAGUUGAACAGCAGAUCACCGAAGCCCAGAAGAAGUAUCAGGAGAAGUACGCGGAAUGGCAGCGGCAGUAUGCCCAGUGGCAGGCUCAGCAUCAGAACCACCCUGAUCAGAAGCAGUACCAAGAGUGGCAACAGCAGAUGAAUCAGUGGACGCAGCAUAAUCAAACCUUAAUGCAGAUAAAAGGAGGAGACAAGCAGCCUCAGCCAAUUCAAAAUCAGGCUGCCGUAGGAAGUGUGUCUACUCCAGCUCAAGUGGGCACAGUUGUACAGCAGCAGCAGCAAUAUCAACAAUAUCAACAACAACCACAACAUCAACAACAACCACAGCAUCAACAGCAGCCACAGCAUCAACAACAACCACAGCAUCAAAAACAGCCACAGCAUCAACAACAACCACAGCAUCAACAACAGCCACAGCAUCAACAACAGCCACAGCAUCAACAACAACAACAACAACAACAACAACAACAACAACAACAGUUGUAUACUCAGCAAACUCCCUUCAAUCAGCAACAACAAUUUGUUCACAAUCAGCAUCAGCCUGUGCAAGUUCAAUGGCCACAAGGUAAUACUUCACAAAAUACCCCAAACCAGUAUAACCAGCAACAAAAUCCAAAUUUUCUUAACCAGCAACAAUCACAACAGCAACAACAAAGAUGGCAGUCGCAAUAUGAUCAAACUAAAACAUCGAACUGGACACAAAAUCAGAACAAUAGAAACAGGCAGAGUUCUCAGAUUUAUAAUCAAGGUUCAUCAGUGCCAAAAAUCCCUGGUUUAAUGGACAUUCAGCCAAUUAGGCCUCAAAAUGACAGUAAAAUUCAACAUAAAAAUGAAUUAACAUCAGAGAACAGUCAUCUCCCAAAGUGGAUGCAGUUUUCUAAAGCCUCAGCUGGAACAAGUGAAUCAGAGCAAAGUUCAAGAUUGUCACAGAAAUCUGCUGCAGCUGAAAGUAAACAUGUUCCAAAAUGGCUACAAUCUCAGCAGAGUUCUACAAAUCAGCAACAACAUCAAGGUGAUGAUGGUAUGCCCAGAUGGUUGAAAGAAAAACUUGAAAAAACUGAAUGGGAUGUGAAACAAGAAGCAGCAAAGAAAGCUCUCCAAACCAAGGAGGCUCAAAAGAAACAGAUUCCAAAAUGGUUACAGGAAGGGUCUUUGAAAAGUGAUCAAGCUGAAACUGUCUCUCAAGGGAAGCCAGUGCCAAACUGGCUUGGUAAUAGCAAACCUUUCCCUGUUGGUACCCAAGGAGAAGCUCACCAGACAAAACCUCAGAUACCAAAAUGGCUUCAGGCUAAGUUGCCUGCUGCUCCAGGAAAUACUGUGGGCCAAAUUACCCCAGGUAAAAAAAACAAAAAAAUUUCCAUGCCUUAACCCUUUGACUCCUAUGAAUGACCAAGACAGAAUUUCUCCUUACAAUGUUAAUGCAAUAUCAAUCAGACAAGUGAUGAAAAUGAAGAAAUUUAUCAAUGAGGGUAUUUAGUAGUUGAUCCAAAACCAAAUUCUCGGCAGUAGCAUCAUAAAAAUGAUAUGGUAGACAGUAAGGCCAAUUUCUAAAUAAACGAUAUCUAGGGAGUGAAAGGGUUAAGGCAACUGAAAGGGAAAGUAACUUUUGGGAAGUAAGCUUUGAGAUGUUUAGUAUGCCCCUGCAAAAUUUGAUCACGACAGGUGGACAGUUGUUUUUUUUACCUGAACAAAGACAAUGGGUCUGUUCAGUGGUAUAAUCUGUUGUAUAAUAUUUCACAAAAUGUCCUACAUUAUCUUCUGAUGACAAAUAUUUUGCAAUUUUAAAAGUAAAGGGUGAAGUCUGCACUCAGGCCAAGUGGUUCCCCCAGCCAGAGCUUAUUCCAGUUUCUACAGCAUGAAGCAACUAGGAGUAUAACCACUCCCCCCUGGUGGAGUGUUAGUCCAUCACAAGGUUAUUCCCUACCUGCCUGCCCUCCCUCCCCCCUUCCCCACACACACACCAAGUAUUUCAUCAGGCUUCCCUGGCGACAUGAAUUGGAGUGCAAUUUGGUGUUAAUGAGCACAAGUAAAUUUUUUAAAGACAAAAACAUUGCAAGAGCCUGUUGGCAAGUGCAAUUUGUAGCACUUAUUACUCUGGAAAAGGGGGCAAAUUUCUAAAGAAACUGUGGUGGUGCAUCUGUGGGAGAGUAUAAGAGGGUAAUUUAGUAUUAUCAACUGAGUUGAUAACAUAAAUUGCCACCAUAAAGAGUUUAAAAGCUGAGAUAUACAUUUCGAGUCCUCCGAUAGAGCAAACCUCUGAUGAAGAGCAAUGCUCAAAACAUCAGCUUUUAAACUCUUUACGGUGGCCAAUUUAUGUUAUCAACUCAGUUGAUAAUACUAAAUUACCUUCAGCCAAUCAGAAGUGUGUAAUUUCUUUUCAUGUAUAUUAUUACCCAUUUAUACUCUUCGGUGGAGAUAGGCACUUUAAGAGUAAAUUGUUUUGCCCAAGGAUAUAGCACAAUAACCCGGCCAGAUCUUGUACCCAGACCCCUCUAUCACUGCAUUUUCCAUGAUUCCUCAAUUUUAGCUCCUUGUAAAUGAAUUGGCAGCAUAGAAUGGUAAAGCAGUAGAAUGUAAAAUUUGUGCAAGGGAUUCCUUGUUCACAGCAUGUAUGCUUGUAGUAGUUUACAUUCGUGUAAUUUUGUUCAAAUGGCAUUUGAAGAUCAUAAUAUUAUUCUGUUUUUCUACUAGUUUACCAUACUAAGUAUUCAUGAACUCCUAAGAAUGGCCCAGACCAAAAUCUCAUAUUUCCAUAGUUUACAGUCUGUAAACGGCAAUAAUAUAUGAAUCUUGAAUUGAAUCUGUUGUUGAAUUGUAGGUGGAACUUUUACAAAAACAGCAUCUAAGUGGGAUAAAACAGAGAGGUAAUGUUGUGCUCUACAUUCUGCAUUUUUUAAGCAGAUCUACUGUUUCAAGGAGAUUUACCCAAUGGUAUUCAAGGGGUCAAAACUUGUAGUUUGGAGAUUGUUUGUUUUUUGUGAGAAGAAACUGUAUAAGGCAAGACUUUUUGUAAAAUUUUGCCAGGGUUUUUUUAUACAAGGAUCUGUCCAAGCCUGAUAAUGGUGUUUUUUUAUGCCUUCAAGACAAUUUUUUUUAAAUGUUUUGCAAAGAAAAAUCUGGGAAAGUGGAUGUUUUUAUGUUACCUUUUUUGAAAAUGAAGUGCAAACUUGUGAAAUGGUGUUCUGAAUCAUUUUUCCCACAAAACCAAAAGUUACUUAAAGAAAUUCAAGAAUUUUGUAACUCUCUUAGAGUGGCCUUUAAAAUUGUGGGGUAACUUUCAUCAAGAUCUUCUCAAUUAAUCAUACAUGUGCAUGACUGAAGAUCUCUUUUUUCCACCCUCAUAGAAGUUGUUGCAAUAUGAUCCUAGUGCCACUGCUCAGAUUUAUGGCCUUGACACCAGGGUUUUAAAUCAAAGUGAAAAAAUAAUUAGUCUAAAUUUAUAGUACAGGCCUCAAACCUAACUGAUUAGGGGAAUUUCUUUGCCCAAACAGAAAUACACCUUCUGGGACACUUGGUUUAAGUCCUGGUAACCUAGAUCCUCUAAAGGAGCUGGAGUUUUUACGCAAACAGCAAGAACAGCUUCAGCAACUUGAGAAACUGGAGAAACAACUGAAGCAGACAUCAAAUGCACCCAGUGCUAUGGGAAAGUCAGAAUCAACCACCAUAACAUCAUCAAGUUCUGUUGUAACCAGUAGCCAAGCUGAAAAAACAACAAAUGUUCCAUGGUUACAGUACAGUCUUGCAGGCCAGGAAAAUGAUAAAUCAAGUGCUAAAGAUCAUACUAAAGGUGAGGCAGUUUCAAUUUCUCUUCCAUAAUUCAAACACUGAUGAGCUUUGGUAGUGGUGAUCAAAAGUAACAUGUAGUUGGGAGGGGUAAAAGGCACCCCCCUUAUAUCUCAGUAAGGAGGGGUUUAACACCCAGUACCACAAGGAGGAACUACUACAGCUGCAUAUACCUCUAGAAACUGUCACAUUGAAUCUACAUGUAGUCCAGUGGAAACUGGAUGAUGAUCAUCAGCUUGUACACUACCAUUGCAAAAACCAACAUAAACAUGUGCAUUAGCAGCUCAUAAGGGAAGAAUAAGAAAAUAAGAAAAACUGCCCCCAUCAUAGGCUCAACAUUAAACUAUCUUUGGAGAAGCUGCACUUUCUAGCCAGAAUUAAAUUGAAUUUUGACUUAAACUUGAUUUGAUAUUUCAUUGUCAACAGUGAUAUACUAAUUUGUCCUUCAUCAAAAUUUUUUUGUUUCAGGUAGCACUGUAAGAAAUUUAAAGCCUACGGGAAAAAAGCAACCCUGCAGGUUCUUCCCUCAUUGCCGUUUUGGGAAUAGUUGCAAAUUUCAACAUCCUCCUUGCAAAUAUGGUGUGAGGUAUGCUGGCCAUUACAUCUCAUUGUUUGUAAUAGACUACAGCAAGAGCCUAAAAUAUGACCUUAGUUUUCAGGGCUUAAAAUAAAGGCCAGUCAAGAGAGGUCUUUUUUGUCGUAGAAAAGAGCAAAAAUGAGAAGAAAAAAGCAAAAAAAGAAUUAAGUAGCAUUUAAAACUACUCGAGGUGUGUGUGAAGAGAAAUAAAAAACAUUUCGUAUGAUUGAUACAUGUUUGUAAAUGUGCCUGUUUCAUUUAGAUGUGAGGAAGAUAGCUGCAUAUUUGAUCACAGUGAAGAUUCUUCAAAUGAACAACAUGCAGAGGAAUCACAGUACCAAGGUAUACUCUAAUGUCCACUGAUACCUCACUGUUAAACUUGUAAAGCCAUGAUGAAAAAUAAACCAAAAAAACAAUGUUUUUGAUUGGGGCUUUAGCAGGAGUGAACAGCCACAGAAACAGUAAGGGGUCAGAUUACAGGAUUGUUUUGUUUUGUUUUGUACACUCAUUAAAUACUCAUUGACCUUUUCAUGCAGGUAAUUUUCCAGAUGAGUCACAAAGCAAGGGUAUUGUAUCAUUAACAGGUCAAGGAGAUCAAAUUCCUGGUAUUGGAGAUGGUGAAUUUUCGAUAGUGCCAGUGCAAACUUCAGAUAAAACUGAAGAAGGUCAGUGGGUUGACAUCAGUUUUCAUACUUUCAGAGAAGAAUUGAUCAGCCUUGGAUUAAUAAAGAAAAAUGCAAAAGAUUUUCACAAAUUUGGGACAAAGAGGACUGAAACCUUAGUCUGUUCAGAUUAUGCAAUUAAAUGCCAUAGUACAAUUUUCAGUUAGGUGAGGUGCAUCAGAAGAUCAGCAACCAUGUUUUAAGGUUAAAUACAUGUUGUUGUCAUAGGCAGUUGGCUAAUUUGGUAAUGUGUCAUUUGACCUAUUUUGACAGUCUUUCAUAUUUGACAGUUGGGGAUGUGCAGCUCUUGAGUUACAGUUCACAUUGGAAAAGAGGAAGGUUGCCAUGACAACAAUGUUAUUUUAUGGUCAAAACCCCUUCGCCAAACUUUUUCCGAGCCUCACUUGUUUGAUAAUCAUAGUAGCAUUUGAGCUUCAGAGCACUUGUUGGCAAACUAUGCCAUAUCCUCUGUGUAGGUUAUGAAGUCCAACAAACAUGUCAAGUGUUCUUUAUGAGCAUGGAAUUAACCCUUUCACUCCCAAAUCCCAUUAUUUAUUCUCCUUACUGUCUGCCAUACAGUUUUUAUGAUAGUAAUUUGGAGAAUUAGGUAUUGGAGCAAUAAGUUAUCCCCUUAGAGUGAUAUUUUUCUUAAUUCUCAUCAGUUGUGUGCUUGAUAUUGUAAGGACAUUGUGAGGAGAAAUUUUAUCUUGGUCACUCAUGGGAGUCAAAGGGUUAAGAAAAAUAUUAGUCUCCUGUAAAUGAGGGUGGGAGAUGCAGUGGCUUAAUGGUCAGUGCACUGGUCCUGGGUCAAGAGGUCUGGGUUCAAGACCAGGCCGGGUCGCUUUGUUGUAUUUUGGGUGAGACACUUUACUCUCACCAUGCCUCUCUCUACCCAGGAGUAUAAAUGGGUCCUGGGGAAGGAAGCUUGAUGAAAUGCUGGGGGUAACUUUUCGAUGGACUAGUAUUCCAUCCAGGGCGUGGGGAGUAGUAGUACUCCUUGUUGCUUCAUGCCACAUGGCAGCUGGGUGAAGCUCCGGCUGGGUGGGUGGGCCAAUAGACCCGAGUACUGACUUUACUUUUACCUUAUCUGUGAGUGAGAUGGUUCUAACUUUUGGCCUUUUUUGUAGGAGAUGGAGAUAGUAAAGGCAUAGAUAAUUAUCAAAGCAGCAAGUAUCAUGUGAGUGAACAUGUAUAUGUAGCCUCUUUUGUUUUAGCACAAAUAAUCAUGAAUUACUUUACAAAACCACCACAUAAGUUUCUGCAUUGACACAGAAUGUGAAGGCAAAUUACUUAGGGCAGUCUUCACUCAUAUUCCUCAACCACAAAACUGAUGUGGGUUCAGGGCUAUGCCUUUCAGGCAUCUCAGCCAUAGUGCUGUAAAUGUUAUUGAGCACACAAAAUGUCUAUUGGUUGACAACCAAUCUUAAAGAAGUUUGAUAUAUUUUUCAUCAUUUAGGGCACUAGGUGAAAUCAUUUUUAGGAAUUUUUUUUUAUUAUUUUUGGAAUUUUUUUUAUUAUUUAGUGUGCACAAGUGGAUGUUAUUUCAGCUAUCUAGUUUUUAUGGUAGGCAGCUGUAGUUUAUACAAUUCUGUUUCUUUAUAGCAAUCACAAGGUGAUUACAUGAAUGUUGAAAGUGAUCGACACCGAGGAGAAGAACAGCCACAGGUUUCAGUGGAAGGAGAACAGUCUGUUCCUACUGAAUCAAAACACAAUGAAACAGAACAUUUUCAGCAGUCUGAAUAUCAUGAGCACGGCUGGGGUCAAAGAGAUGAUUGGGAUAGACCACAACACUUUGGGGAGAGACACCCAAGGGAUGCCCUUCCUUGGGAUAAAGAGAAACCCCAUCAAGAUUCAGAUAGGCCCCCACCACCUCUGGGUGAUGGGUUUUUGGGGUGGGAUAGAGAGCAUCCUCCCACAAACAGAGAUGGGAGGCCACCACCUCCAACAGAGGGGGAGUAUCAUGAUAAAGACUUGGACAGAAGAGACUGGAGACCACCAGUGAAUAGGUAUGACAGCGGACCAAGACCACCUUCACCAAGAAGUGAAAGGGACUUUGGACCUUUUAGGCAUGAUAGAGAUAGGCCACCUCCUUUCCCACCAGGCAAUUGUGAUACAGGACCUUGGCCAGAUCAGCCAGGUGGAAGAUCUCCUUUUCCAAGGGAUGACUGGGAUAGAAAAAUCCCCUUCCCAAGAGAUAGACCUCCCUUUCCAGUGGAUCUUCAAGAACAUCCUCAAGAAUGGUACGGCAGAAGGUCUCCAUCAGAAAGACGCAACUGGGAAGAGCAACCACCUUUAGUAAGUGGUGUGGAAGAUCAGAGGCCACCCUUUAGGGAUGUGAAGGAAGGAGGACCCCCUGUGUUAGGAACUGAGCCUGAUCAUAGACCACGUGACAUUGGUGCCAUUGAUGCCUUCUCAAAACAAGAUGAACAAGACAAGGUGGGACAUCAGCUACCCAGAGAGCCCACUGAUAAAGUACCACCAGAAAUGGAAGGGAGAGACAAACCACCUUAUCUAAGAGAUGAACGACCCCGCCCUCCCUCCCCUGGACGUGAUUGGGAAAGGCCGCCUUUCCCACGAGACCAUUGGGACCGUCCUCCUUUCCCUAUAGAUGAGUGGGACAGGCCCCCUUUUCCUAGAGAUGACAGGGAUCGACCUCCUUUCCCUAGAGAUGAGUGGGAUCAUCCUCCUUUCCCUAGGGAUGAUAGGGAAUGGCCACCUCAUGCUAGAGAGGAAAGAGAUAGACGUCCUUUUCCUAGAGAUGAAAGAGAUUUUCCAUUUCCACCAAGAGGUGGCCGAGAUCGUUGGCCACCACCUCUGAGGGAUGAAAGAGAGAGAUGGCCUCCCUUUCCUCCAGGAGAAAGGGAUGACUUUGGAUGGUCCUCAAGAGAACAUGGUCCACCAGAGAGACCCAUGUCUCCUAGGGGUAGAGAUGGGCAUAGAGGGAGACACCCAUUUGAUGAAGAUGAGAGAAGAAGACGCAUGUCUCCACCUCCUUGGCCACUAGUUGAUCACUUCAGAAGGAGACAAUCUCCACAUGGUGACGAGUUUAGAGGCAGGCCUCCACCUCCUGAGGAGUUUGAUCGUUUUGAUCACCCUGUACCACCACCAUGGGAUAGGGAGAGAAGAGACUGUAAGUACUUGUUACUCUUUUGAGUGAUAUUAUUGUUGAUGAGUCUGUUUCAUGAGUAAUUGUAAUAAACAUGUUACCUCACCUACUCUUAAAUCAACAUACUAUUUAUGUUUCUGCUACCCCACUUCUCUAGCUGAUGUCAGUUUGUCCAUGUAUAUGGAAGACUCAUGUGUACCUGCAUCAUUAAGUUGUAUUUUUCUGUAAAUUAUUUGGUUACACUUUUCAAUUCCCUCUUUGGAAAAUAAAAGUAGUUCUCAAUAAGAACAUACCUUUGCUGUACCUACAUUAUAUGACUCCAGAAUCUUGUUUGUUUAAUUGGCUGAUAAGUUUCAUUGUAUGAGCAUUAUUUCAGAUCAUGUUGUCAUAAUGUUUUUGUCCAGAGUGGUGUUUUGAGGAUGGAAAAAUCUUUGAUUUGUUAGAUAUUUAUGGCUAAUUUUUCCUGUGUCCUCCAUGACAUGCUGGUUCCCUUGAAAAGUACUAAGGUUUCAAAUACACCCUGAUUUGGCUUUUAACUCCCUGUGAGUUUAUCAGAGGCUUACAAAGGCAAAGGCUGAAGACAGUUUUGACACUGAGUUUUCAAUCAUUUGUGUAGCCGAGGCAACCAUAAUAAAAUGGGAUAAGGGUGUAUGAGAGUGUUGGCAGUACGAAAUAGAGUUGACAGGUGCAUUUCCAGCCAUCAGGAGACAUGCUACCUCAAGAGUGAACUUACUUGGGUUUUCAAUUUUGUAUACCUCUCAAAUUCUGAGUUUCAUUUGAGUUUCAUAGGACUAAAGGCAAAGUUAUCACAACAACCAAUCAGGGCAAAGGGAAAUAGAUAAGAUAAAUAGACAAGGAACCAAUGAGAGGUCAAUAAAAUACUUGUAGAUGACCUGGCCUGAUUUAUCACCAUGUUAAGAUUGUUUUUAGUUUGGUUAUUGAUCACAGAAGAAAUAUCAAUUAAAUUCUGAAUUACUGUCACCUGUAUGUUUACAACAACUAAACAUUUUUUUUUACUAGAUUCUGAUCAUUUACAAUGUGGGUCACAGUUUCUCUGGGCAAACAAUCUAAAUACAUUUUAUUGUUUCUCAGAUUCAAUUUUUUUGGUUUUCAGGGAGAAGACCUCCUGAAGAAGAGAGGUUUAGAGACUUACCCCACCCAGUUGAUAGGUGGAGAAGGUCACCUUCACCUCACAGAGAACUUCCAGAUCGCUUUCCUCCUGAUCGCCCCAGAGAGUGGGAAAGAGAUGGCAGACGAGGACCAGAUGAUAGGUGACUUUUUCUUGACACACGUUAUGAUUUCAAAUAGGAUUUCAUUGAUUGCUUAAAGCGUACGAUUGGUAAUAGUGACGUCUGCUCGUAACUUAGGCCGGUGGCCCACACUGCAUUUUGCUUUUGUUGUCAGUUUUUUAUUUUUGUUGUUAUUCAAUCAAACAGUAACCUUGAGUUGAUAAUAUUCUUUCUUCUUAUGACCCGCCUGCCAGGCAAUGUGUUGAUAAUGUAAGCAAAAAUAACUUUUUGGUCAUGUCUAGCAGUUAAAGCAUUAACCAUUGACUUAACGUCUGAUUCCAACAGGUUUUAUGAUGAGCGACCUCCUCCACACAGAUUGCCUCCAAUGGAUGAUCACUACAGAGACCGACCUCGAUACUCAGAGGACCAUUCCCUACAUGACCCUGCUGCCUACCCACCACGCCCUAAUGACGGUAGACAUCCGACUGAGGCACCACGGAUGGAGAAGAAACCGGAGACUGUUCCAGUUGAGAGCAUCUUGGACCCUCCAGGGCGUGACUCCAGACCAGACAGGGUAAGGCUGAACAACGAAACUCAAUCAUGUAGUAGUUCAAAGUUUCCUUCUCCAUCAUAACAUUUACUUCAAACGUCUUUCAGUAAAAUAAAUGCAGUGUCACUCAGAUAUAUGUGAACCAAGGUAUACGCAUAACAUGUAGACCAACAGGUGUUGAUGCCUAUAAGCACGUUAGUGUGUAUGCAAGAAAGCUAGCUUUCACGGUCUGACUAGAAAUUUUGCCUUCUCGCUGAUAUACAUCUUGUUGGAAUCAGAAGUGUCGUGGACCAGUAAAACCAUGUGACUCGUAUGUGUUAAACCAAUAAUAAACACGAAAAGCAAAAUGAGAGGUUUGAUGUUGAUCUAAUAAAUUUCUAUCUUGCAGAUUGUUAUUAUUCUUAGGGGACCCCCAGGGAGUGGAAAGACACAUGUAGCCAGGCUUAUCAAGGUGAGUAUUUCGAUUAAAGUAUGCCACCGUUCGCUCCAACGAAGGGCUAACGCUGAAAACGUCAGCUUUCGAAACUGUUUACGGUGGCCAAUUUAAUUACUUGAGUCAGUUGAUAAAAUCAAGUUAUCUUGUCAGCAUAUCUCUGCUAUGAACGGUGCGAGUGUAUGCCACUCACAAACAAGUAUCGUUUCUUUUACUCGCUCCUUUUGUUGAGUAAUUAAAACAACAUGCUCUUGCAGAAGGGUUUGUUUUUCAUCUUAGUACGCAGGUGGAACAAACAAAAAUAGUUCCCUAUAGGAUUCGAACCGUAGACCUUCGGAUUCCGCGUUCGGAUGCUCUACCACCGAGUCACAGAGACUCUGUGGUGACCUAGGCCAUUAUUAGGUUCGUAUAAGACACGAGACCCGCUUACUGUUAGGAUCAGUAAUGUCGUAAGCCUUAUGUGAAUUGAUUGAAUAUUGUACCAUUACUAUCCUUUUUGUCUCUUUCAGGACAAGGAGGUGAACAACGGAGCACACGCACCAAGAAUCCUGGCCUUGGAUGAUUACUUUUUGAUGGAAGUGGAAAAAGUAGAAGAAGACCCGGAGACCGGAAAGAAAGUUAAGAAGAAGGCAAGUUUUAGUUUUGUGUGCUUUUCACAGAGAAUAAUCAGAUUUUAGUAUCACAAUCAUUGCUUUAAAGCGCUCUUUGAUGAAGUGUCGUAAAACAAAAACCGAAGUAAUUACAACGGCCAAUCUGAAGGAAACUAAAAGCAAGCAAUCCGCCUACAGCGCGCGAAAAUGCGGGCGAACAGGUCGUGACUGAUGGAAGUGUUGCAUCUGAUUGGUUGAGAGGGUGGCGCGAGUUUUCUGGACCAAUCACGGAGCAAAUUAAAGUGAAAACAAUGUAGUUCCGAAUUGCUUUCGACACUCAAUUGAAAAUUGCUAAUUGUUUGAAGUGCAGUUAAUGGAUCGAACCUGAGAGUAAUGGUCGAUUAUGUGAGGUAAUCGUCUGGUUGAGAGCAGUUCUGAAUAGGACUCUUAUUGGUGAAAAUAACUGAGCAGACCACUGCCUGAAAGGAAGUCCUCAUCAGUUCACAAAAGAGAACGAAUUCUUCUCAGGUUGUUUAAAUAUUGUAUAAACUGAGGGUUGUCGUGUUUUGACUGACCUUCCCAGGCAAUCAUGCUUUACAAUUGACUACUACAUGCGAUUUCAAUGGUUUGUUCAGUUAUAUUGACUUUGGUGAACAUUUUCGUAGUUGUGGAGAAAUCACCUUGAUUUAUUCAAUUAUGUUUUAUAAACAGCCUGGAGACGAAAGCAAUCUGCAGUGUCCAACUUCUGUAAGAUUCGAACAGCUGAAUGCCUAAAAUACUCUGUCUGUCUAGAGUUUAUGUCUGUGAAAUGUUCCCAAUCCAUAUGUUUAACACUUACAAGCAUAUCAAUAACUUGCACGCAUAUGCAAUUUCUCUGAAUUUAUUAAAAUACCAUGAUGAACAGCCCUUAUUUGAUACUUGUGCGCAAAAGUUACAGAAAGUAGAAUACCCUUGUCGAAAACUUGACAUUAAGACUUACUGGUGAAAUUCCUAGCAUAUAAUGAGGAAUGCAUACGUUUCUCGCGUGGUUUUACGUAUUUACGUUUCCGUCUGGUCUUUUCGAUUAGUCGUCUUUGCAAUUAGCCAGAAAUGUUUUGUUAGUUGGUCCUUGGGACUUUUUAAAUAUGUCUGUAAAGGACGAGAUUUGUCUUGUCGCAUUUUUUUUACCAGGGAAGUCAAUCACAUCGCCUCGAUUUGAUGUACUCAGCCUUGAUUUGACAUACUCGACCCAGUUUUCCUGGCUUCUGUUCAAACCUUUCAAACGUGGGCCCAUUGUCUGCUUAAACAGCAACAGUUUACAAGAAUCUACAUGAGGAUCUUUUAAUCUUAUUUCCUCUGUAGGUAACAGAAUAUGUGUUUGAAGAAGAGAUGGAGGAAGCUUACAGGGCUAGUCUGUUUAAAUCAUUUACUAAGACGCUGGAAGAUGGAUUCUUUCCUGUGGUGAUAGUCGACGCUAUUCAUGACAAGGUCAGGUGUAUGAUUUGUUGCAUUUACUUACAUUUUAUAGCGCCGCUGACAAUAUACCCAGGGCGCAGUUUCCUACGCCAUGAGCGUUGCUUGUAGUUUUUGCCAAGUUAAGCUCUGAGCGAAGGAUUUUAAAGCUAUCCCGUAAGAAGCAAUAACUUCGAAUCGCGGGGUAGAUCCUCGUAUAUAAACCGUUAUGGUCGUUGUUUGUAAGAAUACAAGGCAUCUGGACGCACACAAGUUGUUGUGUUGUAUUUAUUUUCGCCAAGCGUAGCCGGCCCUUACAUCAGGGUAUAGUUAUUUCCAAUCAAAGCACAUGUAAAUCAUUCCCUUGCUGAUUUUACCUGAUGGUAUGACGUUAGUCGUACUUUAACAUCUAGGUAUGGACCUGAAAUUCACUUACUCAUUCACUUCAUUCUGAUCUGUUGGACAAUUAAUUUAUGCUUUUAAAGUGGAUAAGACGCGUUAUCUCCUGCCUCCCCAACUGGGUUUGGUCUGUUCCCGAAGUUGUUCCUUUGUCUUCUGUUCAUAUAUCUAGGGGGGAGGGGGGUGGUGGGAUAAAGGAGGAAAUUCUAUUUUAUUCUUAGUGGCCUCCAGUCUGUUCAUAGACCUUUCAUUUUCACUACAAUUCUUUGUCCAGAGAGCGAGCGAAGUGAGAGCCGCGGGAAACUUACACUCUUUCAUUAGUAUGCAUUUUUUCAAAGCCGUUCUCAAUAUAUUUCCUAUAGUACUGACUAGGAGUUGGCUUACUAGACUAAGUUGGCUGUCAUUUCCAUUAUCCUCGUGUCCCUAAUGUUUGACUCAGGGACAAAUCACAUGCUAUUCACUCUCUGGGGAUCACGGUUAAACAACGGGAACCGUUUGAAGUGGUUGGGGUAGGGGCCACUCUCGCUUUUCUUCAACAUUAUCAUUAUUAUCAUUUUCUCGAUGUCCACUUUUCGGUCAUUUAGUAGUAACAAUAUCAUUCUUUUGCAAAUAAAAAGGUUGAACAUUUUGAGAAAUACUGGAGCCACGCAAAACAAAAAGGUUUCGAGGUAAGUCAAUCAUAUUGGAGAACUUUCUGCAUAGCCAUAAUACUAAGUGAAACGUUUACAAUAACCUUGCCCUAUCUUAAGUUGUUAUGAACAACCUAUCCCUCAAUGGAGAAGGACACGGUGAAAUUAUCACAGAACACGAUGCAACAUCCCUGUUACCAAUAUGCUUAAGAAACACACUUCAUAACGAAUAUCCUUAGCACCUUUACACCCUAACAUCAGUAUGCAUAUUCUCCAUACUGUUCUUCAUACAUUUUGUAAGGUACUGACAAAGAGAAUUUGUUUAACCAUCAGUUUACAUAUUCUCCAUACUGUUCCUUGUACACUUCUUAAGGUGCUGACAAGCAGAAUUUGUUUAACCAUCAGUUUACAUAUUCUCCAUACUGUUCUUCAUACAUUUCGUAAGAUGCUGACAAGGAGAAUUUGUUUAACAAUCACGAGCUUCUUUACUUGGUGAUCAUUUUCUUUAUUCUCGUGAUCUUAGAGUGUGAUUCAGGGGUGAUAUUGUAAGGAGAAAUUAGAUGUUCGUCUCUCUUUGGGGUCAAAGGGUUAAUAACCAAAACCAAACUGUCCAACUGAGACUGAGUCCUUAUCAUCUCAUUUUGUGGUCCGUUUAAAUACGUUCGUUACCAGUCUUCACUUUGGUUCUUCUGUUUAUUGUGAACAGGUUUAUGUUGCUGAGUUAAUGGCUGAUGCACAUGCGUGCGCUAAGCGGAACAGUCAUAAUCGGACGUUUGAGGACAUCAAUAAGGUACUAUUGAGGACGCAUUCCCAAUGAGUGCCAUGAAAACAAAAUCGAAAGUGGAGGGCCCAUUCAUAACUUGCCUACAAAUAAGAAUGUGUCUCGCUCAUCUGUAAUACCAUCCAACGAUGUUUUGUUGCGAAUAGCAUUGUGGUCAUGCGUAGUUGUGUUUAUGCUUCUCGUGAAAAAUGGCUGAUUGCAUCCGUAAUUUGUCAAAGUGAUUCCUAAAAAUACGUUCCUGAAACAAUCUGGGUGAUCGAAUGAUGACGCAAUUAUGGGACUCGGCUAUUGCAGUGUAUCUCUUUAGGAAUCAAGUAUUUCGCUUAAGCUCGUCAAGUAACUGACCCUUCCUUUUGCUGAUUGUCAGAUGGUAUCCGCCUGGGAAGAGACACCGGUCCAUCAUCUGAGACUUGAUGUACGAUCACUGUUGCAAGAUGCUGUCAUUACCGAGGUCUGUAUCCCUACAUUGCAUCUGUUACCUACGUCGUCAUGAAACACUGUAGUUUGCUGAUAUUUAUUGUUUUUAUAAACGAUGGUGGACUGGGAAGAGUUUUAAGAGUUGUAAAGGAUCUUGAACUCGUGCCUUUAAAGUGUCGAAUUCUUUUAAAACACAUUUUGAGCGCAAGCCUUCACCACAUUGUUGACCUCCUCUCCCCGACUUUUGCCAAGACUACCAAAAAAUAUUAGUGUGGCAAGACAGAACUUGAAAAGAGAAAAACAACAAAUCGAAAGGAAGCGAGGAUGGUCAAGAAUGGAGGAGAUUGACCUGGAUUAUAAAUGACGAACUAGAAAAAUUAAGGCUUAAUUUUUCAUGAUGCAGAAUCCUUAACCAAUUAUAUUAGUAAGCUAAUUUUUCCAUACUAUUUUAUAUAUUUAUACAUUUAUAUAUACAUAUAUUUCCUAAGGUCUGGUACCGAAUAGGAUAAUUUGUUGAACAAUUAAGAGCUUCUCUAGUUUAUGAUCAUUUCCUUUAUUCUUGUGGCCUUAAUGUGUGGUUCAGGGGUGAUAUUGUAAGGAGAAAUUAGAUGCUAGUCAUCCUUAGGGGUUUUAGGGUUAAAGCAGCUGUGUUUUUAAAACUUCAUUUGCUCACAGGUUGAGAUGGAGGCAGCAGAUGAAUCAGCAGUGGCGGCCAGUUCAGAAGAAAUGGAAAAACAGCAGGAACCAAUGGAGGAAGAAGAGGUAAGAACUAACAAAAUAAUGUCUCUAUUACAACAGAAACUAAAACAUCAUUGGACACAGAGUCACAGUUGGAUGAUCGUAAGUAGCCUGCUCAUGAAUGAAUAAAAUACGCGGCCUUUGCCGAUGGAAGGGGGUGUCGUAGUGUCAGUAAUCUCUCCUCUCUAUCAACGAAAACGUUGACUCAUGUAGUGAUAUAGUUUCACAUAUCCCCCGAUGCCAAAAGAAACAAGUGUAUCACCCUCCCCCCCCCCCCUUCCCGCCUUACUGGAAACUCAUCUCCACGCCUUAAAAUAAGUAAUUAGAAGACGUUUGUAUGAAUUAAAAAGAACAUAAAUUAAACGAUAUGUCUGAUGUACUCAGCAUGGUCUGAUUCUUAAAACCAAACGAAACCAGCCUUAAAAUGAAAAAAAAUUACUCCGCAGUGAAGGAGACCUGUUGAGAGGUUGUUACGCCCGUUUUUGCCAUGUAAAAUGAAAUUUAUACAAUUUAGAUAAUUAAUUUAUCAUGUAAUGAAAACCUUACGGCAAAAGAAUAUCAACAAUAUCUCUCAUAAUAAAAACAAACCCAAAAAACAAAAUAUUCAAUCUUGGCGUAGCAAAAUUGCCAACUGAAAUAUUUUUAACUUUAAUCAACAAAGAACAUGUACUUUAGAUCCAAAUUACAACAAAAUAUGGUCGAAAUAGAUGAGGGCAACUGUUAUGGGUGAGAGCACGACACCGUAGUUUGUUACACACUUCUGAGAACUGGUCUGAAGUGUAAUAUUUGCACAAAAGUCUGUUAACACGAAAUUUUUAAAUUUUGCAUAUUAUUUUGCUGUUGUUAGUCAGCGUUGGCAUUAAUCAUGUAAAACUCUUUGAAAUGUCUAACACAAAACCCCAAAACCCCAAAAAAUUUUGCCGUAUCUUUGGUUUGAUUUAAUUCCUAUUCAAAAGCGAAACAGUUGCCACGUCUGUUCCUCGUUAUUCCUUUCUAGGGAAAGGAAACACAGGUAUAUUAUGGGGAAAAAAUUGAGCUCGAAUGCAGCUAAGUUUUUCCAAGUCUACGUUUCGUUUGUCGGUUUUCCCAGAAUAUACGCACGUUUACAUUUCAAACACUUUUACCUUUACAAACGUAAAUUAAAGGUUUGGUGUACAGGCUUGCAUGGGCAACAUAGAAUGCGCAGAAUAUCAGGGAAGGUUUAGUUAAUUUUUGAAACGACCGAGGGGAAUUCUUCUUCUUGUUAGAGCUAUUGAAAAGGCAGAUUGCCUUUGACUAAGCUUCAUGUAGUUUGAAAUCGGAAAAGUACACUUGGGCAUUCCAAGUCUAGUCUCGGUGGUUUAUUGUGUGAAAAUUGUGUUCAUCUGGUCAUCGAUGUAAUGAAGAGACAGUAAAAAAUAGGUGAGAGUGAACUAAAAGGAGACAGACUUAAAUGACUGACACAAUACCACAAGUUAUAACGUUAAAUAUCUUUUGUGCGGUUUGCGGUUGUUUUGUAGUUCAUUUUCACAGGGUCUGUUGAUUAUUUCACAGUCUGAGAUACAGGUGCCUUCGCGCAGCAAAUGGGAAGAAAUGGAGCCGGCUGAGGACAAACUGAGUAAGUAGCCGUCUUGUAAAUGUACAGAAAAAGCUGCUUGCUAAUUACUAACGUUAUAGAACGUUGUUUUGCAGAAAAUAUUAUUCACAGUUAGUGAAAAAACUUUCGUUCUGAUAAAAAGAUCAAAGUCCAAGAUUACAUUAAGCUGUUGGCCACGGCUGUGCACCGAGUCACUGUAAUGAUGACUGGCAAAUAGAUUGUUUCGAACAGAGAAUGCGUUGAAUUGUUUAAAAAUGGAAAAUAACAUCGUUCAUUUUCGCUUGAAAAGGAGGGUAUAGCUUCACCUCGCUUCGAUGAAAUCAAUUUUUCGCUUCUGGGAGAAGGGCAUGAAAUACAAACCUCUGUCAUUCUCCACCGCGUGUUGAACGAUUGUGCAAAGUUCUUGGAAACUAUACAGUCCUCCAAGACUCAAAGGAGUCUCAGGGCACGAAACCUUAAUUAUGGGCUCUUAAAAGCUCUUCAGUGUUAUACGAAUUCACAAAUUAUGUUGCACUCAGAGAGCAUGGUGGAAUUGAGCAAGAGAGCUUAAAAGUACAAAAACUUAUGCGAUAUAAACGCGCUGCCGGGUCAUUUUACCAAUGCUGUUAGCGAGCUUUUCUGGCCAAUUUUAAAAUGCGUUCAUUGAAUAGAAAGGUAAGGUUGAAUCAAGUGAUCCGAACUGUCAAGCAGCUCUGUCUUUGCAAGAACUCUUAAUCGGUUAGUUCUAUCAAUGGCAGAUAUUCCUGUCAUUGGAAACGGUACGGAGCAUUAUGGUAGGCAAUCCAAAUAAGGAUUGAGCGGCUGAACCACUGGAAACAUGAAAUAUAUACUAGCACUCAAUUUAGCACUCUUACAAAUUUAGACUCAGGCACGUUUUUCUUUUAGCCAAGAGAUUGUAAUUUAAAAUAUUUACAAGACAUGAAAUGAAUUCCGUAUGGUUGGUCGAGUUUGCUACGUCCUUGACCUGCGAAAGCGUGUUGACAUGAUCAUUUCCAGACUGUCAUUAAUCUGAUAACAAGAGUUGCUUUGACUUGAAAUGCCCUUUUACCAUUUACUUUCUUACUCUGACGGAUAUGUUUCCUAAUGAAAUUGGUAAGAUUUAAACUGAAUUCAGAUGUGAUCUUCUUGUAAAUAUCUUAACCCUCGUCAAACCCUAAGGGUCGGUUGUUUAGCAAACCGUGUUUUAACUGUCCUGAGUUAAGCUGAAUCUUUUUUCUGAACAAUUAUUGUGUUAAGAGGGCUGAAAGCUAGUAGUGGAGGAAUAUUUUUGUAAUGGAAAGAACCGUAUUAGAGAAUACAUGAGGGCCACUGCUUGCUUAAAACCACGUUUUGUGUUAGACCUCAUGUAGAUAACCUGCCAUAAGAGUCGUAUCAGCAUCUUAUUUUCACAGAUAUACUGCUGAAUCAUUCGUUUAGCUUUGAUUUUGAAACAAUUUCUCCUUGUCCAUCCAACUGAAGUGUCUUGAGGAAAUUAUGGAGAAUGUGGAUACUGAUGCUAGCGUGUAAACGGUUCGCAAACCAAGCCGCGAGAGUUUUUUCUUUCUUGCCUUUCCCUUUUUGUUUCUGACUCCUUUUCUGAUUUGUUUCUUUUCCAGAUAAACUUGAUGGUAUCCGUCCCAUGAAAAGCAAGAGGAAACGAGAAGAGUCGCCGCCAUUGCAUUUGAGUGAUGACGAUGACCCGUAUGAUGAACGUGAAGAAGACAUGCGCAUUGGAAAGAAAAGGGUGGGUGAUGUUUCGUGUUAUCAAGUAUUUAAGGAGUCUCGCAUUUAUCGCAUGAUGUUGGACAAAGGAUGUUUGUCAUCAGUGCUCGUGUUCAACAUCAUUUAUGAUAUGCGCGCGUGCUCAUUAAGUAUCUCUGUACCUCUGUUGGGUUUGUAACCCCUUAAAUUUUUUAGGUGUUGUUUCCAGACCUCCAGACCUUUCCUAAUGUUGCAUCCAGUGCUUUUCAUUCGUUUGAUUCCCACGCGCAACAAUGUGGAGCUCUGUCCAACAAUUCAGAUUUAGCAGUUUUGAAUGAUGUUGGAUCCGUUUGACAGGGUCUCUGGAUGUCGAUUUUUUUUUUCUAGGUUCGGUGGGCGGACCUGGAAGAGAAGAAAGAGUUAGAACACAGACGAAGGAUCGGUUUUUGUAUAGGUACCGACUGGAGCUUGUUAACGGAUCCUCACGCGGAAAUUCCUCGCAUGUAGGGAUAGAGUAUG